AUGGCAGCUCUUUGCUUCAUCCACCCUCUAAACUACAUUCUUUGGACCUUCAUGGGAAUCAUAAAUGGCUUCUUAAGAAACCUCCAUGAUUAUGGGAAUACAUCACAUCUCUUCUUCCACAAUAUGACCCUCUUUUGGCCCUACGACUUUGUCUUACUCAUGAUAUCGCUUUUUGGUUACUCGAUCUUCUCCGUCGCUGGCGUGUCUCACACCGUUGCCGCCUUAUACACCAGCCAUGAACCGUCCUUUAAGGAUACCAUGAGCCUCGUGGCCAAGGUUUGGAAGCGAGUUCUUGUCACAUUUCUUUGUGUUCUUUUGGUUUUCUUGGUGUAUCAUAUCAUAGCUGGAUUUGCUUUUUUCUUGAUUGUUUUGCCAUUUGGGAAAGUCGAUGAAAUAACUUUCAGUGUGGCUUUUGUUUUUUACUUUGUUGGGUUGUUGUAUUUGGUAGUGGCGUUUCAAUUAGCUGGUGUAGUUUCUGUGUUGGAAGAGUCAUGUGGGUUUAAAGCCUUGGCCAAGAGUAGGUUGCUUUUGAAGGAUAAGAUGGCAUCCGCGACAGCUAUCGUGUUGACGAUUUAUUUUGGUUUUGGGAUUUUUCUUUGGCUAGAGGCUCUUGUUAGAAAGAUGCUUUUAUCGUUGUCAUCAAUGAUUAUGUGGAUGCAUGUGUUGGGCAGCUUGUCAUUACUAUUGUUGAUAUUGGUUUUCUUGUUGUGGUCGCUCGUGUUGGAGACGAUGUUCUAUUUCAUCUGCAAAUUGUAUCAUCUUGAGAAUAUCGACAUGUCAGCUAUCUCAGAUGAAGAUCAUGUUACUUUAAGAAGCUCAGAAUGUUAA